AAGAUCCUCUUUUGAACCUCUCUAGAGGUGGUGAGGAUCCCAGAGAUUAUAUAAGUAAAUUGAAUCCACUGAAAAGGAUAGACCCUUAGUCGACGAGAGAGAAGUAACUUCAAUUUGACAAAUUCAAACCCGGGAACUCCACUCAGCAUCUCGUCUGGUAUUCUUUCUCCUUUGCCAGGUGCCUCCUGGAAGCGCCCCUACUCCUUAGCUUCCCUGCCGGCCGCCCAGCCUCGCCUGUUGCUCUCCCACUCUCCGGGUGCGCCUUCAAUCAAAUCGGUGGGCUCCGAAGCCCCGCCCACGCCAGGCCUGGGCUCCGCCCCCGCAGACCAAGGUCGGCCUGUACUCUUGGUCUCUCAGUUUGCGCGGGCUUGCCGCGAGGAGGGUGGGAACUUUCGCAGCCGCUGACGAUGGAGGAACUGGAGCAAGGCCUGUUGAUGCAGCCAUGGGCAUGGCUACAGCUCACUGAGAACUCCCUGUUGGCCAAGGCUUACAUCACCAAGCAGGGCUAUGCCUUGCUAGUUUCGGAUCUUCAGCAUGUGUGGCAUGAACAUAUGGAUACUAGUGUGGUGAGCCAGCGAGCCAAGGAGCUGAACAAGCGCCUGACUGCCCCCCCUGUGGCUUUUCUCUGUCAUUUGGAUAAUCUGCUUCGUCCAUUGUUGAAAGAUGGUGUCCAACCCGAUGCAGCUGCUUUCUCCUGUGAUCAUGUCGCAAAGGCACUGAUUCUCCGGGUGCGGAGCGAGCUCUCUGGUCUCCCCUUCUAUUGGCAUUUUCACUGCAGUCUGGCUAGUCCUUCCUUGGUCUCCCAACAUUUGAUUCGUCCUCUGAUGGGCAUGAGUCUGGCAUUGCAAUGCCACGUGAGGGAACUAGCAACAUUGCUUCGGAUGAAAGAUCUAGAGAUCCAGGACUACCAGGAGAGUGGGGCUACACUGAGCAGAGGUCGAUUGAAGACUGAGCCAUUUGAAGAAAAUUCUUUCUUGGACCAAUUUAUGGUAGAGAAACUACCAGAGGCAUGCGAUGUCAGUGAUGGAAGGCCCUUUGUCAUGAAUCUGCAGAGUCUGUAUGUGGCAGUCACCAAACAGGAGCUCCAAGUGAGACAGAAGCGUCAAGGGGCUGGAGAUCCUCAGACCUCAAGCAGUGCCUCCCCUGGAGGAACUGAUGGCCAACUUCUGAGCCAGCCAGAACAACCAGUCUCCUCAGAAGCAUCCUCCUCAGCGCCUGAGAAAGAGCCCACUGGCACUGCAGGCCUCAUGCAGAGACCUCAGCUGUCAAAGGCCAAGAGGAAGAAGCCGAGGGGGCUCUUCAGCUAGCCUGUCAUGGUCUCAGCUUCUGGGAUAGACCAGGAGAAUAGCUUCCAAGCAUCACUGGGAAAGGAGCUCCAUGGCAGAGUGUGCCUCAGACAGACUUACAGUCAGAGGCCACUGUCGGGCAAGAGGACAAAGUUCGUGUUGACAGGCCACCUGAAUGGGACUGUUAACCAAAGGAAGCCUGGUUCAAGCCCACUGGGCACUGGUCUUCCCUGAUUGAGUGGCAGCUAGUCUCUGGGAGUCCCAUACUUUUCUCUCUUUUGGUGGAGGUUCUUCAGACCCAGGACCCUACCUUGGACUUUGGUAUAUAUAGCCAAUCUGCCAAGAGUACAACAUGCUUAGGAAACCUUGUCUACCUUUCUCCAGACUCCCUAGUCAGUCCCAGACCCUUCUCAGAGACCUGCUUCUCUCUUGGCAUAGAAUAAAAUCACUUCCAGUCC